AUGAACAUUCUACUUGAGCUUAAGCAUCUCAAGCUCUUUAGCAUGCCCGCAAGGCCUGUGAUCUGUAAAGGCCUUCUGAUAGUGAUUGUCCUUAUUUUGUUGAGAGCAAUCGUAUCUCCUUUUCUUGCUAUAGAUUCAUCUGAGAAGAAAGAAUUUUACGAGUCAACAGCCCCUGACUUGCUUCCUAGAAUUAGACGAGACAAGUUUCUUGAGGUCCCACAGAUCAUAUGGGGGUUGAACAAUCAAAAGAUUGCCUUCGCCAGAGCAUGCUUGACUGCAAGAUUCCUGAACAGAUCCCUUCUCAUGCCAAGCUUGAGUGCUUCACUCUUCUACAAAGAGGUUGACUUGCUGCAGCCUAUCAAUUUUGACAAGGUGUUUGACUUUAACAAGUUCAAUGCGCGUUGCCAUGGCUUUGUGAGGUUAGCUCAGUAUUCAGAAGUUUCAAAUCGAACCGAGCCUUUCAAACUCCAAAAGGGGACUGGUAGAAGGUGGACGGCAGACAGAGAUUUGGAUCAACUGCAGCAAUUGAUAGGGAGCAAUGCGGAUGACUCUGAAGUCAUUGAAAUUAUUGGGAAAAAUCCAUUUCUGUGGCCUGACCACUGGCCAGUCAAAGACUAUGCCAAAAUCUUCGAUUGCCUUGUCUUAGUUCCUGAGAUAGAAACCGAAGUGGUUAAGGUCAUAUCCAAGAUUAGAGAGGCAGGCCAAAGAGCAAGACAUGAAGCUGGGAGUUCUCAUAGUAAGCAGAGGAGAGAUGGCUCAACGAAUCCGCCUGUACCGUAUGUUGCUGUUCACAUGAGAAUAGAAAAAGAUUGGAUGAUACAUUGCAAGAAGUGGGAGCAGCGGUCCAAGUCACAUGAAAUCUGCAGUAGUAAAGAAGAUAUCAUUCAUAAGGUCUCACAGAUCACUGAUCUACGUCGGCCAGUUGUUGUUUAUCUUGCGGUAGCUGACAGCCUUCUUGAAGAUGAUUCAAUAACCAGUGGGUGGAGAGUGGGUAUGGUUGCCUAUGAGAAGAAGAAACUUGGAGUUACUGACAUCUAUGAUCGCCAGCCAUAUCUUAUAAAGUCUGCCAUUGACUUUGAGGUGUGCUCGAGAGCAGAUGUGUUUGUUGGCAAUAGCUUCUCAACAUUCUCCAACCUCGUAGUGCUGUCCAGAACAGAAAGGUUAUAUAACCUGGGAAAGGCGAACUCAUGUGGUGAGAACAUUGGGCUUUCAUCUUAUGCAUACAAUGUCAUGGGCGAUGAUGGUGGACCGCAGAGAUGGAUGACAGAUAUGUCAGAUACAAGCCUGCAACGGUUAAGUUAUGGAACGAAUAACGUCUCAUGCCACUGA